AUUUUUUUUUCUUGUAAACUCCUGAACCAUAUACUCCAGUCCAGAUGGUGGCAGUAAUGCUCCAUAUAAAUUUGGUGCCAAACUGCCAUAAAAACACAAAAGGAGAAGAAGAAGAUCUGAGUCCGCAGUGUUUUAUAGAGAAACAGGAUCUGAUCUGCUGCAGAUCUUCUUCCUGCUUGAGAUGGCUGCAUUCCUCGAGGGUUGUUACAGGCCGUACCUGCUGUGUCCCGUCUGUAAGAAGACCCGCUGGAACCUGGGGGCUCACCUGAGGAGGCGGUGCAUGAGGGGGAGGUCUGCCUCUGAGGUGGAGAGGGAGGUGGAAAUGGAGAAGAUGACUGCGCAGGAUUUGCUGAGGGACGGUCGGGUGUGGGACUACAGUCUGAUCAGGAGGAUCAUGGAUCAGCCGGAUCCUAUCCGCUGUUUUAUGGCGCAGCUGAAGGACAGGGGGAACGUUGUGGUCAACAUCCCUCCUGAAGCCAUUCCUCCUCUUAUUCCAUAUCUGCCUGAAGCCCCUCCCCCUGCAGUGGGCGUGGCUGAGAGUGAAUCAGAUUCAGAUUCUGAGAGCUCUGGUCCUGAUGUGAGGAACCGAGAGAGCGUGAAUCAGCAGCAGGAGACGGCGUCUGGUUCGGACAGCGAAGAGCCGAGCUCAGUUCAGUCGAGGAAGAAGAGGAAGCGCCAGGAGGAAGAGGAAGAGGAGGAGGAAGAGAUCACGACGGACGAUGAGGAUGAGGAUGAUGAACAUACCACCUGGACGUUCUCCAGCAGGAUGAUGGAUGAUGAAGAAGAGGAUGAGGAAGAUGAUGAGGAGGAUGAUGAAGAGAGCAGCUGGAUGCCCAGGACGUCCUCCAGCAGGACGCCGGGUGAUGAAGAGGAGGAUGAUAAAAAGUCCCGUAACACUUCCAGGACGUUCACCAGCAGGAUGACGGAUGACGAGAAGCACCUGACGGAGGGACGUCUCACUUCCUGUUCAGAAAAUGCAGAGAUGCACUACUGCAUGCAGGAAUUUGGCAACGUGGUGGCGGCGAGUGUCCUGCUCAAGAGACUCACCACUCACUCAUAUGAGCAGGAGGAUAACACCACUGAUUCUGCCCCCGAAAACAGGGAACAACAAGCGGCCUAUGAGAAGCUGUUGGAGGCGUGUCCUAUAACGGUGGGCGGGGCUCUGCCGAAGGGGCGGAUGCUAACAGAGCUAACCGGAGCUCACGAGCGCUACUGCAGCGAGCGCUGGCUUAUUGACCAGCGGCAGCUUCAAUCGAAGAAGAUCCUCCUCGAGUAUUUAAAAUAAAUUACUGUUACUAUCUUAUACAAACAAAAUACUGCUAGUCCUGUUAUUAGCGGAUUAUAAGCAGCACCAUCAGUAAACAUCUAUGUUCUGGUCUAUUUUAAGCUGUAAGUAUUGGAAUGGAGGUGAUUGGCGGUAUUACGGUAGCAGCUUCUCCUGCCGAGACUAAAACUAGUUUUACAGCUAAAUAAUCUGUAGAUCAGCGUAACAUUUUAACUGCUGAACACUGUGUAACAUUUUUAUUAUAUUCAGUAUGUAUGUUUCCAGUUAUAAUACUGAAAAAUAAAUCAAGAGUUUGGAGUCCUAUAAAACAGGAAAAUCAAAGGGUUAUUAUAAAAUCACACCACUAAAUUCUUUAAGAUCUUUCUCAUGUGUUCAAAACAUACAUUUCCAGUGAUAUUACUGUAUCAUUUUAAAGUAAUGGGAUGCCAAACUAUAUUCAUUUUUUCAUAAUACACUCGUUCACGCCCAAAACAGGCUGGAUUUCUCUCACUGAACACAAAACUGAGGAAGAAGAAACAUAAAAAUACAUUUAUUGCGAGUAAAAUUUUCAUUGCAUGGCUGUAAUGUUUAAUUUCUUGUUCUUUAUUAAGUUAAAGCGAUGCUGCUCUUUGAUAAACAUGCUGUUUUAUAUCAGGUUGUGUUGAUUUACUCAAAACAAUAAAAUAUUUACAGUUUUCUAAACUGAAGCAUCACGUGUUUAAUACAUAAUUAUAAAAUCCACUACAUUUUAUUUUAUCUUUGUAAUGUUUCAUUUUCUGUUUUUUGCAUGCUUUGUAAUGUAAUCUGUCUUUUUUCUCCUAUUAAAUAAUUGCUGCUCACUUGA